AUGGACUACGGAUUCCCCGCCGGACCCUUGAUGGGAACCCAGAUUGGCAAAGUGAUGACCGUCGAAAACACUAACUACACCCUCGUCAACGUGCUCUCCGAGACGCUCAAACAGGAGUUACGCGAGCGGUGGGUCGUCUACGAAGCUACAGCCCCUGGCACCACGCAACGAUACGCCCUGAAGGUCCGCUACCAGACCGACACCGCAGGACCCGACGUGCGCGACCUCGUCACCGAAGAAGUCCUGGCGCGGAUCAGCUUCGGGGCAGAAUGCCAGGCCCUGGACGACUGCAGCGGCUCCGGAUACACGCCGACCUUCCACGGGAGCGCCGAACUGCCCGAGCGCGAGAACCCGGUCAAGCCCGGCGGACAUGUCCUGGCGAUAGCCAUGAGUCUUGCGCCCGGCAUCAAUGUCGCGAGAAUGCCCACCCUCAUUGACUCGGAUAUUGCGAUCAUUCGGAGCCAGGUGGUUAAUGCUCUGGCAUACAUGCGAAGGAAAGGCUUGAAUUUCAUCGUCAAGAAGGACAAUAUCUUCUAUCAUCCGAUUAGCCGUGAGAUGUAUGUGCUUCUGUCCCCGUCGAGUCGAUAG